ACUGUGGUGGGGUGGGCGUGGUUUGAGCGUCGGCUGCAGAGAGAGAGUGUGAGAGGAGCGGCUCGCGGAUCCUUCGUCACGACUGUCAGCUGGAGGUAAUCAGCGCCGAUAAUUGUUAAUUGUUUAAUUGCGCUGAUUGCCUCUGAUUGCUUUCAACAGUGAGCCUGGGGUUUUUAAAGGAAGACCGGAAGCUGGAGCGAGAGGGCUGACAACAAGACGGCUGCGGAACCGUCGUUUGUGUAUAAAGAUUGUUGUAAAACGCAUUGGUGAAUAAAAGAGCACGGCAGUGCUAAUUAAGGAACCAACUGUCUCCCGUGAGUGUGUGUGUUUAAACAGGAGGGGUGGCACUCACUUGCCACAGUGGUGGCCCGUGCGGGGGGAGAAGUAUUAAACACACAGGAGACAACAUGGAACACAGCCAGGAGCAGGAGGAAACGCCACAACCGGUGGUAGCGCUGGCGAGGAUGCUGGAGGGGAUGGCGGCGAUGCAGGAGAGGCAGGCGGCGAUGCACGCCGAACAGCUGGAGGCUCUGCGGGCGCAAACUUCCCUCCAGACCCAGGCUCUACUGCAGCUGGCGGCUGCCGGAGAAACCAGCUCCCGAGAGAGACAGACCGGACCCCCCGUGGCUCUCCAUCUACCAAAAAUGACCCCGGAGGACGACGCGGAGGCGUUCCUUGAGGGAUUUGAGGUGGCCGCGAGGGCAAGUAAAUGGCCGGAGGAGGAGUGGGUCGUCCGCCUCCUGCCCCUCUUGACUGGGGAAGCACAACGGGCGGCACACAGCUUACCCCCCACAGCGCGGACGGUCUACGGCAACCUGAAGAAGGCGGUCCUGGACCGUCUGGGAUACAGCCCGGAAGAACACCGGCGACGGUUCAGGGAGACGGCCCUGGCCAGAGAGGACCGACCAUUCGCAUACGCGCAGAGACUGCUGGACAUGGCGCGUCGGUGGCUGCGCCCAGAACUCCGGUCAGCAGACGAGGUGGUGGAGCUGGUGGCCCUCGAACGUUUUAUCGAUGGCCUCCCGGCGGAGACGGCGAAUUGGGUGAGGUGCCAUCGGCCGACCGGGUUGGCGGCCGCCGUCACCCUGGCGGAGGACCACCUGGCGCUCUACCCCCACGGCCAGUCACAGCAGCAGCAGCAGCAGCAGCAGCAAGGACGGGCAGACACGGCUCCGCGCAGGAGAGCCCUUCCUCGUUCCCUUCCUUCCCCCCUUUCUUCCUCCCUUCCCCGUGCCCAAACCCCCGCAUUUUCCCGCAACAACCCUUUUUUUUCUGUUUCCCCAGCCCCAGGCUCAGUGGCGGCGGGAUACGACCCACAGAGAGCUCCUCAGACGCCCGGACCGGGGUGUUGGCGGUGCGGACAACCGGGUCACCUGCGCCGCGAGUGCCCGCUCAUGGAGGUGGGGCAGGUGGUCCGUGUUGUCGGCCCGCCCACCUCCGCUCCCGAUCCAGACGGAGCGUACUGUAUUCCGUGAGCCUGGGGGUUUUAAAGGAAGACCGGAAGCUGGAGCGAGGCUGCUGACAACAAGACGGCUGCGGAACCGUCGUUCGUGUAUACAGAUUGCUGUAAAACGCAUUUGUGAAUAAAAGAGCACGGCAGUGCUACUUAAGGAA